AUGGCAGAAGCCCUGUUUGAGAACUACCUGACCUGCCCCAUCUGCCUUGAGCCUAUGAAGGAGCCGGUGAGUCUGAGCUGCCACCACAGCUUCUGUCAUGACUGUCUCUACAACACCUGGGACCAAAACCCAAACAAGAUCUGUCCUGUGUGUCGUCGAAGGUCAUCCCAAGAAACAGUGGAGGUAAACUUUGCCCUACGAGAACUGUCCCUGUCAUACAGUAAGCAGAAGAAGACUGAAGAAGCAAAGGUGAAGGAGGCACAGGUCUGCUCCUCUCACCCCGGUGUGCCUCCUCUGUUCUGUUUGGAGGAGGCCAGAGCGCUCUGUCCUGUGUGUGAGUUCUCUCUGCACUCACAGCACACGGUGGUGAGUGGAAAAGAAGCAGAGAGGAGGAUAAAACAGCAGGUACAAACCCAGAUACAGGCUCUGAAGGACCAAAAGCAGAGUUAUGAAGAACUGGAGAAGACCUAUGAGCAGCUGCGGCGCCACCAUGAGGAGCAGACAGUGGAGUGCAUGACAGAGAUCAUACAUGUGUUCUCUCAGUUUCACCAGAUCCUGAAGGAGGAGGAGGACAGGGCUUUAGAAGCUCUGAGAGCAGAGGAGAACAAAGUGGCUCUGAGUCUGGGUAUGGAGCUGCUGAGGGUGAGGCAAGAGAUCUUCACCCUGACCAACAGCAUCCAACACUUGCAGAACAGCGUUGACACCCAGUCUCUCCCCACAGCUCUCACUCAAGACUACUCACCCCCCACCCCACAGCCCCGCCCACAGCCUAAAGAGGGACUUCUCCUGAACCAGGCCAAAGUCCUGGGGAACCUGGGCUACAGAGUGUGGAUGAAGAUGAAGAGUGUGGUGACCUACAGCCCUGUGAUCCUGGACCCCAACUCUGCAGGUAGCAGCAUGCACCUGUCCCAGGACCUGUGUGGAGUGAGACACGGGCACCCACGGGAGCUGCCUGUGGUCCCAGAGAGAUUCACCAACGAGCCCAUAGUCCUGGGCUCUCAGGGCUUCAACUACGGGCAGCACCAGUGGGACGUGGAGGUGGGAGACCUGCCAACAUGGGACAUUGGAGUGGUCAAAAAGUCUAUGGACCGAAGAGGACAGAUUUAUGCUGAUGUAAAGUAUGGAAUGUGGUGUUUGUGGCAUGGAUAUGGGGAAUAUAAAAAUGGCAGUGGUCUGACAAUCCCGGUGAAUCCUGCUCCAAAGAAGAUCCGGGUGACUCUGGACUAUGAGAAGGGAGAGCUGUGUUUCUAUGACGCUGACCUCAUGACCCUCCUGUUGAAGCACAGUGCUGUGUUCACUGAGACUCUGUUCCCUUAUUUGGGUUUGGUUCCUACACUUGGAGCCGAGACCCAGGAGGUCCGGAUCUCUGGAGGUUUCCCAGGCCUGUCCACAAACCCUGCUUAG